AUGCGCCAUCGGAAGUCAGCGGAGGUAAAUAGACGAGGAUCCGACCUCCUGAAACAACCCGAAGCCGACCCACCUCGUUAUCGGGGCGUCCGUAAACGGCCAUGGGGCCGAUUUGCUGCAGAGAUUAGAGAUCCGAUAAAAAAGACUCGAGUUUGGCUUGGCACAUUCGAUACAGCUGAAGAUGCUGCACGCGCUUACGACGAUGCUGCACGCGCUCUCCGUGGACCUAAAGCCAAAACUAAUUUCCCUAAUUUAGCAGCUAUAACAACACAACAGGAUAAUAAUCCUUAUGGAUCGAAUCAAUUUGAGCUUUUUCCUAAUUCGAGACCGGCUUCUAGCAGCAUGAGCAGCACGUUGGAAUCUUCUAGUGGGCCUCGUGGAUCGGGUAAUAAGCUGACCCGGAUGAAAAUCCCUCGCCCGGUUCUUCCGCCGGAAGAUUGCCGGAGCGAUUGUGAUUCGUCCUCGUCGGUGGUGGAUGAUCGUUGUGAUGCAGAUCAGACGUCGUCGUUUCUGCCCAAACAACCUCUGCCGUUCGAUCUGAAUCUGCCCCCUCCAUCAGAUGAUGUUGAUGCUGAUGAUUUACAUGUCACCGCUUUAUGUCUCUAAUUACUCUUCUGUUACGAUGAUGUAUGU